CUCUCGGCCCUGCCCCCUCCCGCUGCUCCGCGGUGCAGGCCGCAGGGUGAGCCCGGCGGGGGUCCGGGGGUCCGCGGUCAGCCCCGGAGGACAGGGUGGGGUCGCCCCAAACAGGAGCGCCGGGAGCGCUGGAACCCCGCCCUCGGCGUCCGCCGCCGCCGGGUGGCCGGGCAUUGGAGGUCCCGGAUGAGGCGACAAUUUUUCCGGCCCCCCUCCCAGUCCCGCCCCACUUCCGGGGCCGCCACUUUCACUUUCUCUUCCGCCGAAGCCGCUCCGCUUGCGAAGAACUGGGGCCUCCUGGGAGGAGAGAGGGCUUUGCGUUGAAACCCAGGACGCCAGGAGUGCUCCCGCAAGUGGGGGUCCUCCGGGACUUGGAACGCCCCGGCUGGGCGGUGUCCGGGCGUCCUUUCCCCGCUUCUCCCCACCUCGGCUGGUCCCGUUUCCUCUUGCGCCCAGUGCGGACUUGUCUCGGCGCCCGCUGCCCUCUCACCGCCCCACUCGGGAUCACGGCCUGGUCACCAGGCAGUGUGAUGCUUCCCGAUUGCCGCGGGGACAGCGAGGCACAGACAGAACUUGGGCCGCGCCGGAGGCCACACGGCCUGGCUGAGUUGCUCCUGGUCUCCCGCCUCUCCCAGGCGACCCGGAGGUAGCAUUUCCCAGGAGGCACGGUCCCCCGCAGGGGGAUGGGCGCAGCCACGCCAGAUGGACGAGAAGACCAAGAAAGCAGAGGAAAUGGCCCUGAGCCUCACCCGAGCAGUGGCGGGCGGGGAUGAACAGGUGGCAAUGAAGUGUGCUAUCUGGCUGGCAGAGCAACGGGUGCCCCUGAGUGUGCAACUGAAGCCUGAGGUCUCCCCAACGCAGGACAUCAGGCUGUGGGUGAGCGUGGAGGAUGCUCAGAUGCACACUGUCACCAUCUGGCUCACAGUGCGCCCUGAUAUGACAGUGGCAUCCCUCAAAGACAUGGUUUUUCUGGACUAUGGCUUCCCACCAGUCUUGCAGCAGUGGGUGAUUGGGCAGCGGCUGGCACGAGACCAGGAGACCCUGCACUCCCAUGGGGUGCGGCAGAAUGGGGACAGUGCCUACCUCUAUCUGCUAUCAGCCCGCAACACCUCCCUCAACCCUCAGGAGCUGCAGCGGGAGCGGCAGCUGCGGAUGCUGGAAGAUCUGGGCUUCAAGGACCUCACGCUGCAGCCACGGGGCCCUCUGGAACCAGGUCCCCCAAAGCCCAGGGUCCCCCAGGAACCCGGACGGGGGCAGCCAGAUGCAGUGCCCGAGCCCCCACCGGUGGGCUGGCAGUGCCCCGGGUGCACCUUCAUCAACAAGCCCACGCGGCCUGGCUGUGAGAUGUGCUGCCGGGCACGCCCCGAGGCCUACCAGGUCCCCGCCUCAUACCAGCCCGACGAGGAGGAGCGAGCUCGCCUGGCGGGCGAGGAGGAGGCGCUGCGUCAGUACCAGCAGCCCUGACCACGCCCUCCGGUCCUUCCCCCUUCGUGGUCUGACCCGCCCCCGAGGCCCUGACCCACCCCGUGGCCCCGCCCCGUGUGCCCAGCGGAAGCAGCAGCAGCAGGAGGGGAACUACCUGCAGCACGUCCAGCUGGACCAGAGGAGCCUGGUGCUGAACACGGAGCCCGCCGAGUGCCCCGUGUGCUACUCGGUGCUGGCGCCCGGCGAGGCCGUGGUGCUGCGUGAGUGUCUGCACACCUUCUGCAGGGAGUGCCUGCAGGGCACCAUCCGCAACAGCCAGGAGGCGGAGGUCUCCUGCCCCUUCAUUGACAACACCUACUCGUGCUCGGGCAAGCUGCUGGAGAGGGAGAUCAAGGCGCUCCUGACCCCUGAGGAUUACCAGCGAUUUCUAGACCUGGGCAUCUCCAUUGCUGAAAACCGCAGUGCCUUCAGCUACCAUUGCAAGACCCCAGAUUGCAAGGGAUGGUGCUUCUUUGAGGAUGAUGUCAACGAGUUCACCUGCCCUGUGUGUUUCCACGUCAACUGCCUGCUCUGCAAGGCCAUCCACGAGCAGAUGAACUGCAAGGAGUAUCAGGAGGACCUGGCCCUGCGGGCUCAGAAUGAUGUGGCUGCCCGGCAGACGACAGAGAUGCUGAAGGUGAUGCUGCUGCAGGGCGAGGCCAUGCGCUGCCCCCAGUGCCAGAUCGUGGUACAGAAGAAGGACGGCUGCGACUGGAUCCGCUGCACCGUCUGCCACACCGAGAUCUGCUGGGUCACCAAGGGCCCACGCUGGGGCCCCGGGGGCCCAGGAGACACCAGCGGGGGCUGCCGCUGCAGGGUGAAUGGGAUUCCUUGCCACCCAAGCUGUCAGAACUGCCACUGAGCAAGUGGUGGGACCCCAUGCUGACCCAGCCCCACAUCCACAUUCUGUUACGGGGCAGGGCUGGGCUUGGGGCUUUGGCUCCAACUUCUGGCUGGGAGAUGCUUUUGUGCGGAGACCAAGUCCCUGAGCUUCGUGGACGGCCUUGCUUGCUGUAGCGUUGUAGGGGCCCUGCCUGCACUGCUGUUGUCCAUGGUCACAUCUGCCCCAGUGCGUUUGUCCUUCCCUUGGGGCUUGCCAGCCAGACUUCUCUCCCCUGCAGCUCCCACCUCUGCCUGACCCCAGCCUUAAACACAGCCCCUGGCCAGAGGCCUUGCUGGGUGGAGCCUCUGUGUGACUCCAUACUCCGCCCACCACAACACUCAUCUUUCGAAUACCAAGCACUCUCAGCCUCCCUGCCUUCCCCUGUCAGCUUUCCGGGGCUAACUGUUCUCUGCCUUUGUGGUUGGAGGCCCGGGGCGCUUAGAACUCUUGCUAACCUGUUCAGAGCCGGGAAGGAGACUGGGCAGUUUGAAAGCACAGCCCCUCAGGUCCAGUUCUGCGUCUCCCUCUCUGCAGCGUGUGUAAGCUAUUAUAAUUAAAAUGGUUUUCCGCGAAA